UGACUCAUUUGAGGUAGAAAUCAGCUGGUUAUAGUUUAUUCACUAUUUCUGGAAUAAAGUCCUUCAAAACUUGGGUGUCCUGCAUCGCAACCACAUCAAGGAUCGCCGCUGCAAUGGCACCAACCCUAGCCGAGGGGUAUGAAGAGAUUCAGCGUGGAGGCACAAGAGCAUGGGAAGAGGCAUUCAUGAAAAUGCAUGUGCAUUCGCACAAAGAAGUUGGAGAACGGGGUCUUACCACGAAAGUAGCAAAAAACCUACUGAAUAUGGAUAGAAAUCGCUACAUAGAUGUACUUCCAUUUGAUCAGUCUCGCGUUGUUCUCGGCCAUAAUGCUGAGGACGAUGAUUCUUACAUCAAUGCCUCGCCUGUCUCUAUCGAGAGAGCUCAUCGAAAUUACAUACUAGCUCAGGGACCAUUGGAGAACACUUGUAAUGAUUUUUGGCAAAUGGUUUGGGAGCAAAAUGUGCCAGCAGUGAUAAUGCUUAACAAAUUGAUGGAGAGUGGCCGACACAAGUGCGCUACAUACUUUCCAUCUAAAAGUGAACAGUCUGUAGAGUUUGAUGAUUACGCAGUGAGUUUGGAAGAAGAGGAGCAACAUCACAAUUUUGUAGUUCGAAAAAUCCGCUUGAAGAAAUUGAAUGAGGAAGGAGCUGUAGAGCGCUCGGUUCUUCAUGUCCAGUACACGGAAUGGCCGGACUUUGGAGUACCUGCAUCUACGAAGUGUUUCUUGGACAUGCUCAGAUAUAUUCAAAGUCAUAAUGUGCUUAGCGUAAAAGAUGACGAUCCUCCAUGUGUGGUUCACUGCUCAGCUGGCAUCGGACGGUCUGGGACAUUCAUCCUCGUCGACGGAGUCUUGAGAAUGAUCGAACUUGGUAUCCCUGAGUCUGAAAUAUCCUUGAAUGAUCUUUUGGUGGAUUUGCGAUGUCAACGUUUCGGCUUGAUACAAACACCUCAGCAAUUGAUGUUCAGUUGGCAUGCCAUCGUAGAUGCACUUCAGCAAAUGAAAAAUCCUAAGAGCCAAAAUGGAACUGACACAGCUGUGAGCGCUAAUCUCCCUUCACCCGUUGACAGGAAGGCUAAACGCAAAACCGACGACACGGAAACGGAACCGACGGAUGAUCGUCUUGCAAAGAGGCGGCGUGCGCGGAAAGACGGACAUGAAACUCGCGUUUGAAGUGAUGUGUCGUUCAGACGUGAGAUGGUCGCACGCAUGGUAGCGCGCAGUCGUGCAUCAGAAGCUAGUCGUCGAAGUUACCUUGGUAGUGUGGCCAAUCAACUAGGCGUAAGCCCGAGGACUGUUCUCGCUGCUGGCGGUGCACUGAUUUUCGCCGUUGUCGCCGGUUACUACGCCUAUAAGCGAUAACUUAUUUAUUUUGUCUUGUUGUGCUGGAGGGCAGUGUUUGUGAUAAUUUAUACCCGGAUUACUCUAUAUGGUGGAUUAUCACUCACCAUCUAGAGUAAAUGUUCUGCUAUGUAUCCUCUUUGACGUUUCCUGGAUUUUGCGCAGCUGUAGUUGCUUUUGUCCCCUUAUCAUUCCUAUCAGCAUUAGGUUACGAAGUAAAAGAUAUGCCCAAUGAUUAACAUAUGUGUUGCUCAAGUCUCGUAUGUCAUUUCUAUCUCGAUAUAUGUGUUGUUGAAACCUGAUGACCCCACUAAUCAUGGCCUUAUACUACGCGAUUCGUGUCCUCUCAUCAAACAUGUGUCUCUUUUUCUGGUCGUAGAAUUCUUUUCAUGGUAGAUAGCUCGUCACUACGCAUUUAUGCAAACGCCAUGUGAUACAUAUGACUUGAUAAAGUUUCC